ACGCUGUAUUUAUCCUGGUACCGCAGCGUUUCAGUGCGGCGCAUGUCAGAUGAGAGCCAAAGUAACCCGAGAGACCUGCUAAGCUGUUUACAGUUUACUGUCUUUGUGACAACUAAUUGGUUGUUUUUUUGGACAACAAUGUGGGUUAAGCUGUUCACGCUGAAGUAUUAUGGGAUGAGAAAAACAGCUGCCAGCUAAAGCGUGUAGAAAAGAAGCCAGCUAUUUACUCUGAAUGCAGCAAAACAAUGUCAGGUAGUAACCUCCCACCGUUAUGGCAUUCACCAGACUGGACCAGAGCUACAAUCGCCAGAAAAUCGAGUUCUCCAAGACGUUUCCCUGCGAACCAACCCCGACACCCCUUGCCUGCUGUCCUGCUGGCGGUCAGAGGAGGAGUAGAUGGGCCAGGAGGCCCAGUUGCGUCCCGCCAGAGCGAGUUGGAUCCCCGAGUCGCAUCCCUCGAAAGGAACAUCCAAUUCCUGCAGCAACAGCACAAGGAAACUCUCGAGAAGCUCCACGCAGAAAUAGAAUAUCUCAGAAAGGAGAACAAAGAGCUGAAGUAUAAACUUAUUAUGGACUUUCACAAGACGAGCAGAAAAGGAUUAAUGCACAGUCUUCAAGAUACAAGACCUCCACCUGAAGACAGAGAGACCCACACUGGACUCUACCCGGAGGAACCACUUGAGGACACAACGGUACUGUUGCAAGACCAAGCUUUAAGCUCAAGAAAGGGCAGCAAAGUUCCACGGUCUGUAUGGCAGAAGGAUGGCACAGACAUGACAGGGCGACUAAUUACCUCCUUACACCCUCUAAGAAUCCACAGCAGUCCAUCCCAUCCGCCACGUGCUCCUACGCUGCAGGAGUGUGAGGUCAUCAUCCGGCAGCUGUUCAAUGCAAACUAUUUACAGUCUCAGGAAAUUGCACGUGUAAAGGCGCUGCUGAAAGAUAUAGUUCUGAGCAAGAACAUCACCCCAGAGCACCACAUUUUAAGCAACACCUGCCUUGUUGCCGGAAAGUGCAAACCUGUACAAGAAAGGAAAUUUCCCAAACUUGGCCUUCAGUCGUUUCCUGAGAAAAUGUAUGUUGGUCCUGUUCUAGGGGGUUCUCUGAAGUUUAAAAGGUCUGGACCCUCUCAUUCUGGUGUUGUACUCCCUGCUCUGAAGCAGAACCUCAGCUCCAAUAUUGCAAACAGACACAGGAGGACCCAUGCAAAGCACAGAGACCACUUCAAAUGGACUUUGCAUUGACUAGUUACAAAAGACCAAAGUGCGGGACUUUUUAUGGUCCAUAACUUUAGUCAUCAAUUCUUCUUCAUUAAUGAAUCAUUAAAAUCAAAUAUUAAGCUGUAGGAAAUAUUCCAUUUUAUUGAAAGAUGAUUGCAAUAUAUUUUGAUAUUACUAAAUGAUGUCUCAGUUCUUCACAGCUAAACCAUCACAUUUAAGUAAGUGGAGCAGGACAUUUAAGGAGUAAGUGGAGCACAGUAAUACACCAGGCCUUUUCAAGCUUUAACAUGUCAACAUUCAAGCUGGUAAAUAAGUCUGUGGUCCAAUCCUAUCCCAUCCUGACACCUAAUUGCUGUACUCUCACACACACACUAUUGACUGUCAAGGGAGUAUUGCUUGAGGUCAUGACGACUUGAAAUGGAAUUAUUAAGCUGGGGCAGUGCAUGCUUUUUAAUAAUAUUGAUAAAAGUGGUAAUGAUAAUUAUUUUUUUUUAAUGUAUUUUAAAAUAUAUAUGUUUCCCCAAUAUGCAUAUUCAAUCAAUUAGAAUAUUAUUGAAAAGUACAUGUAUUGUAGUACCUCAGUUCACUAAGUGAAACACAUUGUAAAGAUUAAUUACAUACAAUUGUGUGUUUAUAAGCCUUUCCUUCUGUUAAUUAUGAUGAUUUUCUGCUAACAGUUAUUGAAAACGCAACAUUUAGAACUAGAAUGUCACAUAAGACCAAUGUUUUUUUUAAUACAUACAUGUGGCCUUAAUGAAAAGUAUGUUUGAUACCUGCUUAAAGGCUUAAAGAUUUAAAAGGUACCUUCUAAUCUAACAAAUAAAUCUCAUCAGAAUGCA